CCGUUCUGUAUGUGUAUACAAAUAUUAUAAUAAAUAUAAAGAUAUAUGCGUAUAUUUAGAGAGAGAGGCAGAGAUAAGAAAGAGAGAGAACUUCAACAAUGGGUUCGUUGAGAAAUGGAGCAGAGAGAGGCGUGCAUGAAGAAAACGAAAAAGACGAGCCAAUACUGAUGGUACAGUCCCAGAGAUUCUGCAUGUUUCCCAUUAGAUACCCACAAUUAUGGGAGAUGUACAAGAAGGCUCAGGCCAGUUUCUGGACUGCUGAGGAGGUUGAUCUAUCUCUCGAUGUGCAGCAGUGGGAAACUCUGUCUGAUUCUGAAAAGCACUUUAUAAGUCAUGUUCUAGCCUUUUUUGCUGCAUCAGAUGGAAUCGUUUUGGAAAAUUUGGCAGCCAGGUUCUUGAAUGAUGUUCAAAUUCCUGAGGCACGUGCAUUUUAUGGUUUUCAAAUUGCAAUGGAGAAUGUACAUUCUGAGAUGUACAGCUUACUUCUGGAGACCUACAUUAAGGAUUCCAGUCAGAAAAGCAAAUUGUUUACUGCAAUUGAAACUAUUCCCUGCGUUGCCGAAAAGGCCAAGUGGUCUUUGAAUUGGAUAGAAAGUUCCAGCUCAUUUGUAGAGAGGCUUGUUGCCUUUGCUUGUGUGGAAGGAAUUUUUUUCUCAGGAAGCUUUUGUGCCAUUUUUUGGCUUAAAAAGAGGUGCCUAAUGCCAGGCUUGGCAUUCUCAAAUGAACUUAUUUCCAGAGAUGAGGGUCUACACUGUGACUUUGCCUGUCUACUAUAUAGUUUUGUGCGAAAGAAAUUGCCAUGGGAAAAAGUACAUGAAAUUGUGAAUGAAGCUGUUGAAAUCGAGACAAAUUUUGUAUGUGAUGCUCUUCCAUGUGCCUUGAUUGGCAUGAAUUCUGAACUAAUGAGCCAGUAUAUAAAAUUUGUUGCUGACCACCUCCUGGUUGCCUUAGGGUACCAGAAGAAGUACAAUGUAGAAAACCCCUUCGACUGGAUGGAAUUUAUUUCCUUACAGGGCAAAGCCAACUUCUUCGAGAGGCGGGUGGGUGACUAUCAGAAAGCUUCGGUUAUGUCAAACUUGCGAGACAGCUCUAAGAAUUUUGAGUUCAAGCUGGAUGAAGACUUCUAGAGUUCUCAACUAUCAUUUUUUUGGUCUCCUAGAGAUAUAUAUGGAUUACUUAUUUUAGCAUCAACUUUAUGCCAAAAGAUGGCAUUUUCUUUCCUUUCUCAUAAUAUUCAUAGAAGAAGCAUCUUGUCUUGUUUAUAGUAAAUGUGCAAUGGCUAUUAGGGAAGCACUAAGUUGGCUCAAGGAGAGAAAUAUGGACAAUGUUCAUGUGGAAAUCGACUCCCUACACGUAGUGCACGAUAUUUUGAGUGAAUUCUCUCACGCUUUUAUCACUUUUGUUAAACGAUUAGUGAAUCAGGCUGCACAUUUAUUAGAUAUGCAGUUUGUUUCUUUGUCUGAUUGUUUGGAGUGAUUUUCCAAUCUUCCCAUCAUUUGUAA